CCUCUAGUUCAUUCGCAACGUUGCUGGUGAGCAGAUCGCUUUCAAAGUCGCGCGCGCAAUUUGUAAAAGCGUGAGAAGAAAGAGAUUCUCCGGGUGUGUCGUGAGCCACUCUAGGAAGAGACCCAGAAAUAUCAAGUUGUGAAGUUUUCUUCCUGGUCAAACAUACAAAAGAGAGUGCCUACAAAACAAAAUUUUCUGAACUGGCUAUAUUUGAACAAACUCUUAACUCGCCCUAUUUUCCAUUUUGGCGUCAAAGUCAAUGGAGUUUGCGCAAAAGUGAAGCAGAGUUUUGGGGGAAAUUUUCACGCAGAAUUUCCCAAGGCGCCUUGUAAUUUUUCCUCCACACCAUAAUCACUCAGAAUCAAGCCCAGAAAGACAAAUCCCACCAUUACAUCUAGUGUGAUGGUAACCAUUCGCCGUCGAUCGUAUUCUCUGGAUACGAUUCACGUCAAGUCUUUCACGGAGCCAUCGUAAUAGGGGGAAAAAAGAGAAAAACGCCAUAAAGCAUUUCUGUUGUGUAAAGUUAGUCUUAAAAACAUAAGUCUGCGGUCAUAUAUAGGCAUUCGCCAAUAAGACCUAAGGUAGGGUGGGCAAAAAAAAAAAAAAAAAAUUUCUGUUGUAUGUGGAAAUUGGAACAAAUUUAUCCACGAAGAUCCCAUUGGGUAGCACAAAAAAAAUCGUGUGCAUUCGAUUAAAAAAAAAAAUAGAUAUUGCUUCGUAUGUGCUGAAGAAAUUCUUUUUCUGUGAGCCUUCUGUUUUGGAGUCAACGCAGCAAAUUUUACGUCUGGGGUGUUUAUAAAAUGUAAAUAUCAAAGUUUAUUUUCGUCGUCCUACAAAUUUUAUAUUCACUGUUCUUCUUUCUCCUUCAUAUCGAAAAAGAGAAUUCAAAACUAAAAAUACAAGAAUAAUACUUUUUUGUGUUUUAAAUCCGCGCGAAAAGUGAUGAAAUAAAUUGUGGUUAAUACCAAAAAAUUAAAAAUUAUUUGCCACUACUUUAAUGGCUUAAUCUAAUUAUUCUCUAAAAAAAUAUGUGAUAUAAAUCUCAAUACAUUUUAUGCACGCCGAAAUAAUCUAUCGAGAGCAAACGGAUAAUCAACUGUAGCCUACAUUUAAAUAUACUACAAAUUCAUUUUACAAUUUAAUUUGUACUCUAUCAAUUAAAACGGAAAAAUUGAAUAAUUGUGCAAUAUAAAUUGAAAAAAAAAAAAUUAAGUGUCCGCAAAGAUGAGUGGCAACAAUAUUCAGUCCAUACUACAUGAAACGAUGGCAGCAGAUCAAAGAGGACAUUCAACUCAACGAAGAAAUAGCAUCGAAUCAAACUUGAGCAAAAUCACACCACAGAAGCCCGUCGUGGAUUUGGUGGUGGGAAUGAUUGCCCUUCCCACCCUCAUCAUUUUCGCCCUUAUGCUCGAGACUAACAUGCAGGGAGACUGGUCAGAAUCCCCCGAGAGCCGAUGGACUGUCCUGGGAAUUGGAGUUGGACUCAUCCUUAUCAGCCUCCUUGUGUGUGGCUACGUGACGCACAGAAUGGGUGUCUGUCUAUGGGCUGGACCCCAAGAUGACUCAGACACCCAAUCCAACAUCAACCGAGAAGCAUCCUCAGCCGAUGUCUUCAGUAUUGGUGAUCAUCUUCCACCAAGCUACGACACUGUCAUGCAGAUGGACUUCAACGCACCACCGCCAGCUUAUCACUGUGUUGUCGUCGACUGCGACACCAAGACCUCAUUCCGAAUUGAAGAUGAAACCACACAUCACAUCUAGUCAGAACUCCUCCGUCAAAUCUGGAGGAGACUUCUCGGAGAUAGACAAAUAAAAAUGUCUUUCUGUUUUUUUUUUUUCUUGAGAAUAUUACACCAAAAGUGAAUUCUUUUAUUUUUCUCUCAUUAUGUCUUCUCGACAGACCAAAACAAAAAAUCGACUGUAUUAAAUGAAAA